AUGGCGUCUGGCGCGGUGCUGCCCCGGCUGCUCGGCUCGGGUGUCCGGGCUGCGCCCCGAGGCCGGGCCGCGCCGAGAGGCAGGACGCUGGGGAGCGCCGCGGCCGCCGCUGCCCCCGAGCCAGAGCGCGAUAGCGAUUUCAGCGCCCGUAUCCUGAGCGAGCCCCUCAAGCACUCCGACUUCUUUAACGUCAAGGAGCUGUUUUCCGUGAGAAGUCUCUUUAACGCACGGGUGCACCUGGGCCACAAAGCCGGCUGUAGGCACAGGUUCAUGGAGCCGUACAUCUUCGGGAGCCGCCUGGGCCAGGACAUCAUUGACCUGGAGCAGACGGCCACACACCUGCAGCUGGCCCUAAACUUCACGGCCCACGUGGCCUACCGUGGGGGCAUCAUCCUGUUUGUGAGCCGCGCUCGGCAGUUCUCACACCUGAUUGAGAACACGGCCCGGAGCUGCGGCGAGUACGCCCACACGCGCUACUUCAAGGGCGGCCUGCUGACCAACGCGCCCCUCCUGCUGGGCCCCCAGGUCCGCUUGCCGGACCUCAUCAUCUUCCUGCACACGCUCAACAACGUCUUUGAGCCCCACGUGGCCGUGAGGGACGCGGCCAAGAUGAACAUCCCCACUGUGGGCAUCGUGGACACCAACUGCAACCCCUGCCUCAUCACCUACCCCGUCCCAGGCAACGACGACUCGCCCCCGGCCGUGCAGCUCUUCUGCCGGCUCUUCCAGACGGCAGUCACCCGGGCCAAGGAGAAGCGCCGGCAGCUCGAGGCUCUGUACCGGCUGCAGGGCGCCCCAGGCCCCCACCCGGCCAACCCCGCUUCCCCGGGAGUGCAGGCCGGGCUGGGCCUGGGCGUUGCCCCCUGA